CUGAAUGUGAGGCGGGGUAUUUGGUUGCUGUCGUAACUCCUCAAGCUGUAUAGAAACUAAGCGCGUCAUUAUUUCUAUUUACCCUUCAAUGAGGUAGCUAAGAAAAGCUGGAGAUAAUUAAGAGUAUUAUUGCCUCGAAGCCUUGGUAGAUUCGUGGAACCGACAUUCUGGAAAACACCUUAUUACAUUUUAAUAUGCUCCAAGCAUCAGACCUCCUCACUCAUCGCACUGCAUCUGAAUCAGAUGACAUUGGAGAUGAAGUUGUGAGAACUAUGUUUAUGGUCGCAUUCAAGCUUGAAGAAUCUAUGAGAUUGGCGUAUGAUUCUAGUGAUUUUACGUACGAUGCAACAGCUGAACAUUCUUCAAAUGAGGAAGCAUGUUACACUGAGUCGGAUUCAGCAGAUAACUCGAAAAAUCCAAAACUUGAAAACAACCAAUACUUAAAUCCCCACAAGCGGCAUGAUUUGGAUUCACCUACUUGUUAUAUGGGUAUGAAAACAAUGCCAUUUAGUCAACCACCGACAGUUAUUAAGAAAACUGCAAAGAACAUCAGUCCAAUCAGUAACAAAAAUUCAUCAUUCGGAUGUGAAUGUGGUCGUCAUUUCACAUCCAAGAGUGUUUUACAAAGACAUAUCAGGGUUGUUCAUGAAGGAAUUACUUUCACUUGUGAACAGUGUGGUAGAUCAUUUUCACGAAAAUGGAAUUUGAAGCAACACAUUAGUUCUGUUCAUGAGCGUCAAGUAUUUCAGUGUGAAGUCUGUGAAAAACGUUUUUCGUCGAAAAAUAUUUUACUUAGGCAUGUGAAGUGUUUUCAUCAAGGUGUGUGUUAUAAGUGCGAUCAGUGUGGCAAGACAUUCUCACGAACGUAUGAUUUAAAUCAGCACAUUACUAGUUUUCAUAAUGUUAAACUGAUGGAGAACUUAGAAGAACCAUCUUUAAUAACUAAUGGUUCUGUCAGUUCUAAUUAUCAAUUAUCUCAAGAAGAAAGUAUUUCAAACUCGAACGAGUGUAAUGGUUCACACUUUGAGGAAGAUAUACAACUAAAUCCUUUGCAAGCAUCUAACCAAAGAUUACGAUUCUCAUGUGAUCAAUGUGAUAAAUCAUUUUCACAUAAAUUUGAUUUGAACACACAUAAGUCAUUUUAUCAUGAUGGCAUAAAUUUUCGCUGUGAAGUAUGUGAAGAAAUAUUUUCACGUAAAUGUGAUCUCAAUCAACAUUUGAGUAGUAUUCAUUGCAUUGGUAGACAAUUUCAAUGUCAACAUUGUGGUAGAUCUUGUUCAUCCGAGGGUAUUUUGAGGAGGCAUAUUCGAGUUAUUCACGAAGGACAUAAUUUCCCAUGUGGUCAGUGUGGUAAAACGUUUACAAGAGAAUGUAAUUUAAGAGAGCACAGAUUGGCAUUCCAUGAAGGUAUAUUCUUCAAAUGUGAUGAAUGUGACAGUUCGUAUUCCUCCCGGAGUAUAUUACUCAGGCACGUUAAAUAUGUGCACAGAGGUGUACACUUUCGUUGCGAUCGUUGUGUUAAGAUCUUUUCAAGGAUGUCUCAUUUACGUAAUCAUCAAAUGGCUGCACAUGAAGGUGUACGAUUUAAUUGUGAUCAGUGUGAUAAAACAUUUGUACAUAAAUUCGAUUUGAAAAAGCAUAAAUUAGCUUCUCAUGAAGGUAUUGAUAUUCGUUGUGAUUUGUGCAACAAAACGUUUACACGCAUGUGUCGUUUAAAACAUCAUAAAGCAGCUGUUCAUGAAGGAAUAAAAUAUGAUUGUGAUCAAUGUAGAAAAUCUUUUCUUUCGGAAUUCCAUUUAAAGAAACAUAAAGCAGUAAUUCACGAUGGAUUUACUGUUCAGUGUGAUGAAUGUGAUAAAACAUUUACCCAUGAAAAUAGUUUAAAGCAACACAGGAUUCUUUUUCAUGAAUCCCAUGCUAUUCAGUGUCAUUUAUGCCCAAAAGUAUUUUAUUCCGAUGAAUAUUACAGAUCCCAUCUGCAAGAGACACACAAAGUAACUUUGUCCUUACAAACACACUUGUCAACACAAUUCAAUACUAUGUCUUCAUUACAAGAAGAUUUUGUUGAAAAAUUCCAUAAUGUAGAAAAAUUUAGGUGUAAUCCUUGUCAAAAGUGUUUCAGUAGGAAUUAUCAACUAAAACUCCACAACAAAUGGCAUCAUGGUAAACGAUUUCGAUGUCAUAAAUGCGGAAAAAUAUUUGAAUUUUAUGGUUAUUUAAGAAAGCAUUUAUUAUUCUUACAUAAGAAUCAAUAUAGCUUACAAUUAUCGUAAUCCGAACCAUACUUUCUUCCAAACUGUUCAUUGUUUGCUUGUCGAUGGGAAAUCUUAUUGUUUGUACAUAUUAAUUGGUGAUUUAUUAUAAUAAUACUAGUAGUAAUCCCUACUGGUGUAUAUCUUAUGUUGAAACAAUGAACAAUGAAAGCAUAAAAAUAACUUUCAUCUUAGAUAUGUUUCCUUAGAAAGAAAUGUGUAUAUUGUUAUUUAUCUAUGCACAUAAUGCCAACUAACUGAAAGUAUUGCAUUUAUUUUAAACUUUCCCCUUUCUUUUGUCUUUUUAUUCAUUUUUAUAUCAUCACCAUAAAAAUAAUAAAUGAUAAUGUAUAAGAUUGAUGUGAAAUAUUACUUCAUACAAGAUAUAAACAAUUCUAAUUAUUAUCCUUCCUAAUAUUAUUCCAUUAUUGUAGUACAACUCCAUUAUUUGUUUUGUGAAGAUUAUCCAAUGCAUUGCAAUAAAAUGUUUUACAUGUA